AUGUCUUACAACACUUGUCCCAUCAACCUUCGUACAUCUGAAGCUACACCAGGCCAAGUGUCGUCACACCGCCAAAGGCGGAUGUUAUGGUUGAACCUCAAUGAUUGUCAGACGGUGUACUUCGAAGAUUUACAAACUCUAUGGAGAAAGCGGUAUAUUCGUCACCCACAUUCAGCCCAGAGCCACUCUCCGGGUGGAAGAAUGUGUCUUUACUGGACCCGAUUCAGAACUAUAAGUCUCAUCAUAAUUCCAAGAGAGCCUUUCCCACAAAAUCCAGACUGUGGACGUUUUGAGCAACCAUAUACAAAGGUCUGCAAACCAACAUACAGAGGACAAACUAAGCUUCGGGUCGACGAGCCUGAGCGAGCUGAGCUUCCUUCUGGCGGUCAACCAGGUUGGUCUCUCGACAAGGACAAGUUUCUUUCUAUGUUUGAACACGCCCAGAAGAAUUUUCCGCGCCUCAAGUGGACCGUGUAUAUUGAAGAUAUCACUUUCGUCUUCUGGAAAAAUACACUUUCAGCUGAAAAGUAA